AUGGCGCUGUCUAUCGCACUGCUGCUCUCGCUGUCAGCCGUCUUGGCACUGUGGCUGCUCUGGGCCUGGGCCUGGGAUUGUUCCGGGUGGACGCGGAGCAGAGGCAGGGACCUGGAGCUGGAGGGAUUCGGGAGUAGGGCCCUGCUGGUGACCGCGCACCCGGACGACGAGGCUAUGUUCUUUGCCCCCACGCUCUUGGGCCUGACCCGGUUGAAGUACCAGGUCUCCCUGCUCUGCUUCUCCGCAGGCAAUUACUACAAUCAAGGGGAGAUUCGUAAGAGAGAGCUUUUGCAGAGCUGUGAUGUUUUGGGGAUUCCACCCUCCAGUGUAACAAUUAUUGAUCACAGACAACUCCCAGAUGACCCAAAUGAAGACUGGAACCCAGAGCUUGUGGCUACCCUUCUCCAGAGGCACAUCAAGGACAACUACACUGAUCUGGUGGUGACAUUUGACAUUGGCGGAGUGAGCGGUCAUGCCAACCACAUCGCCCUUUACUUUGCAGUGAGGUUCCUCUGCUCCACCCAGACACUGCCGAAAGGGUGCUCAGUCCUUACCUUGGAGUCUGUCAAUGUACUGCGGAAAUACAUGUCCAUAUUGGAUCUGCCCUUCACCAGGCUCCAGACCCACGAUGUCCUCUUUGUGCUGAACAUAAGAGAAGCAGAACAAGCCAGGAAGGCCAUGUUCUGCCACAACAGUCAGCUCCUCUGGUUCCGACGAAUCUACCUUUUCUUCUCUCGCUACAUGGCCAUCAACUCACUGAACUUCCUCUAACACUGAUGAGAGUCCCAAGCAGUCAGGAACAGAGGAGGAGAGUUCCAAGGAGACUGGGCUCUCUCAAACCCUAACCUGGACCCAGGCUCACAGGGCCAAGCCCAGAUCUCAAGGCCUGGUGGUCCGUCUACAAUCUAAGGGUCAAUCUACAAGGGUUCCGUUAGGACUCCAGAAAGCAGACAGCAGAGGUCAUCUCCACGGGGUUGUCAGAGACAGUGAGCAUCUGCCCUUCUCCCCACAGCCUGGGACUGGCUGGACCAAGAAGACGGGGAAUCUCCAGGGAACUCAACAAACGUGAGCCUUCCAGCUCAAUGACUGUCUGAUCCACGCGGCCUGAUAGUAUGGGAGGGAAAGGAAAGGGGACCAGCCACACGAGGGGCAGAAGGGCCAGGUACUUUUUUCAUCAUUAAAGCUCUAAGAUUUUCA